GGACCUCGGGCUAGGGGCCCCUCCGGUCGCCCCUCCCUUUCUGUCCCACCCAAAGGCCAGCUCUCUUUGUCUCCGGGAUUUGUUCCCGCCCUUCUUCCCCAUCACCGCCCUCAUCCGAAUCAUCCAAUCACAACCAGGGGCCCUGGUCACGGGGCGAGAAGCCCCGUUUGUGACGUCACAGCCCUCCCAGCUCGGCGCGAGCUCGGAGAGUUGGGCUGGGAGUUUGUUCACAGCGCGGGGGUUUGGGGGGGACACCGUCAGCGCCGUGACUGGAAACCACCUGCCGGGGUUUCACUGGGCCUCUAUCCGUGGCUUUAAGAUUUAAGGGUUUGUCUGGAUUGGAGUUCAAGGUGGGCUUAUUUAGAAGUAUCGCGAGCCCUUUUAUCCCAUCCCCCACCCCCCAAAAUCACACCUCACGAGAGGUGUGAUACAAAGCGGAGGGGUUGCGACAGUGUCGCGAAACACAGCCGAUCUCGGUGGUGCGCGGGGCAGAGGUUUUCAUUUAUAGAGCUGCCGGCUCCCGCCUCUGAAUCCUACGGACGCCGCUCACCCCGCUCCAAAGCGUGCGAGCUCGAAGGGAAGACCCCCCCCUUGCCGUAAAGCGAACACUUCAAGGUGUCGCCCGCCUCGGCGAGGGCGGGGUCGUCGGCGCGGCUGUCGCAAAGCUGGAAGUGGGGGCCGCACCCCCUGCGUCGUAAAGAUGCCUGCGGCCGUCGUUUCUUCCACUGUCGCAAAAGCUCCCUGCCCGAGUCGGCACGGCCGUCGGAGCCACUCCGUCACCCCGCCGUGCCGUAAAGCAAGCCUGCCCGACCCCGUCGUCCUUCCGUUCCCACCGUGGUGGUCGUUAGCUCCCCAGCCCGGGAUGCUUCGUCGCCCGGCAGUGCCGUAAAGCAUACCCGGCCCCAGCCCCGAGUCCUACUCCCUCCGGGUGGCUGUGCACCGCGGUUGCCACGGUGCCGCCAAGCGCGGCUGUCGCGCGGUCCCGGUGUCAGCGGCGAUGGCGGCGGGGUCGGGUGGGAGUGGGGGCUCUGGGGGAGGCCCCGGGCCGGGGCCGGGUGGGGGUGGGGGCCCCGGCGGGAGCGGCGCAGGGCCGGGGUCCGGCGGGGGUCUGGGCAGCGGCGGGGAGCUGCACCCGCGCACUGGGCGCCUGGUGAGCCUGUCGGCCUGUGGGCGGACGGCGCGGCGGCAGCAGCCGGGCCAAGAGUUUAACCACGGGCUGGUGUUGAGCCGGGAACCCUUGCGCGAUGGACGCGUCUUCACCGUCCGCAUCGACCGCAAGGUCAACUCCUGGAGUGGCUCCAUUGAGAUUGGGGUGACGGCACUGGACCCCAGUGUGCUGGACUUCCCAAGCAGCGCCACGGGGCUGAAGGGGGGCUCAUGGGUAGUGUCAGGCUGCUCGGUGUUGAGGGACGGACGUUCUGUGCUGGAGGAGUAUGGUCAGGACCUGGACCAGCUUGGUGAAGGGGACCGUGUGGGCGUGGAGCGCACAGUUGCCGGGGAGCUGCGGCUCUGGGUGAAUGGGCGGGAUUGCGGGGUGGCUGCCACGGGCCUCCCCGCUCGUGUCUGGGCCGUCGUGGACCUUUACGGCAAGUGCACCCAGAUCACCGUGCUACCCCCUGAGCCAGGUUUCAACCCCCCUACUUCCAUCCCCACACCUCCCCUUGAGCCCUCCGCGCCCCCCGAAGAUGCCGCCUUGACUGAACAGGGGACCUCUGGGGAUGAAGCCUUCAUGGUGUCCCCAGCGCAGGCCCGGCCGGAGACGUUUCCUAACAGCCUUGAGUCGCAUAAUGACUUUGCCAGCAUGGAGCUCUCCGACGUGGUGGGCAACGCCAUCCUGUCUGCCUACAACGGGGGGCUCCUGAAUGUGAACCUGAGCUCCCCGCCGGCAGGGGAAGGACUGGGGUCUGGCGGUGCCGCCCCCUCGCCCGUCCUCACUUCCAACGAUGCCCUGCUCUUUCACGAGAAGUGCGGGACGCUCAUCAAACUCAGCAACAACAACAAGACCGCCGAGCGCCGCCGGCCCCUGGAUGAAUUCAACAACGGGGUUGUCAUGACCAACCGCCCGCUCCGGGACAAUGAGAUGUUUGAGAUCCGCAUCGACAAGCUUGUGGACAAGUGGUCGGGCUCCAUUGAGAUUGGUGUCACCACGCACAACCCCAACAACCUGGAGUACCCAGCCACCAUGACCAACCUGCAGUCAGGCACCAUCAUGAUGAGCGGCUGCGGGAUCCUGACCAACGGCAAGGGCACUCGCCGGGAGUACUGUGAAUUCAGUCUGGACGAGCUGCAGGAAGGCGACCACAUUGGUCUCACGAGGAAGUCCAACUCUGCCCUCCACUUCUUCAUUAACGGCAUCGACCAGGGCGUGGCCACCCCACUGACACCCCCAGUGGUGUACGGUGUGGUGGACUUGUACGGGAUGGCGGUGAAGGUGACCAUCGUGCACAAUAACAACCACAGUGACCGUCUGCGCCGGAACAACGCCAUCCUGCGGGCGCUGUCUCCGGAGGGGGCCCUCCGGCGUGCUAGCCCUGCAGCUCAGGCAGAGCCCGAGCGCCUGCUUUUCCACCCCAACUGCGGGCAGAAGGCAGCUAUCACCCACGAGGGACGCACUGCCCUGAGACCCCAUGCCACUGAUGACUUCAACCAUGGCGUGGUGCUGAGCAGCAGGGCCCUGCGGGACGGAGAGGUGUUUCAGGUGCGCAUCGACAAGAUGGUGGACAAGUGGGCCGGCUCCAUCGAGAUCGGCGUCACCACCCACGACCCUGCCUACCUGCAGCUGCCGUCCACCAUGACCAACUUGCGCUCCGGGACCUGGAUGAUGACUGGGAACGGGGUGAUGCACAACGGGACGACCAUCUUGGACGAAUACGGGCACAACCUGGACCGCCUCAAGCCCCCCUUCUUCCAAGGCGGGGGACACGGUGGGCGUGGUGCGGCGGGAGGACGGGACUCUGCACUUCUUUGUCAACGGGAUGACUCAGGGCCCCGCGGCCUGGAACGUGCCCCCGGGCGUCUACGCCGUUGUGGAUCUGUACGGCCAGGCAGCCCAGGCCACCAUCGUGGACGACAGGUGCCCGCAGUCCCCGAGCCGCUCCCUGAAGGGAACAGCCAGGUGUCCCCCAGCUCCCCGUCGUCGGGGGCCGGGGGCUCCGACCUGCGCUUCCACCAGCUGCAUGGCAGCAACGCUGUCAUCAGCAAUGGGGGCCGCACGGCGCUUCGUCACAACUGCCGCAGCGAGUUCAACGACGCCAUCGUCAUCUCCAACCGGGCCCUGCGGGACGGAGAGCUGUUCGAGAUCGUCAUUCAGAAGAUGGUGGACCGCUGGUCCGGCUCCAUCGAGGCCGGGGUGACCGCUAUUCGGCCGGAGGACCUCGAGUUCCCCAACACCAUGACGGACAUCGACUACGACACGUGGAUGCUGAGUGGCACGGCCAUCAUGCAGGACGGGAACACCACGCGCAACAACUAUGGCUGCGACCUGGACGCGCUGGGCACGGGCGCGCGCAUCGGCAUGAUGCGCACCGCCAAGGGCGACCUGCACUACUUCAUCAACGGCCAGGACCAAGGCGCCGCCUGCUCAGGCUUGCCUCCGGGUAAAGAGGUGUAUGCGGUCGUGGAUCUCUACGGCCAGUGUGUCCAGGUGUCCAUCACCAAUGCCACCGGCCCCAUGGACAACAGCCUGGCGACCAGCAACACCGCCACCGAGAAGUCCUUCCCCCUGCACUCCCCAGUGGCCGGCGUGGCUCACCGAUUCCACAGCACCUGUGGCAAGAACGUGGCCCUGGAGGAGGACGGCACGAGGGCAGUGCGCGCGGCCGGCUAUGCGCACGGCCUCGUCUUCAGCACCAAGGAGCUCAGGGCGGAGGAGGUGUUCGAGGUGAAGGUGCAGGAGCUGGACGAGAGGUGGGCGGGCUCCCUCCGGCUGGGGCUGACCACGCUCGCGCCCGGGGAGACGGGGCCCGGCGCAGGCGGGGGCCCCGGGCUGCCUCCCUCCCUCCCAGAGCUCCGGACAAAGACCACCUGGAUGGUGUCCAGCUGUGAAGUGAGACGCGACGGGCAGCUCCAGAGGAUGAACUAUGGCCGGGACCUGGAGAGGCUGGGGGUGGGGAGCCGCGUGGGCAUCCGCCGGGGCGCGGACGACACAAUGCACAUCCUGGUGGAUGGAGAGGACAUGGGGCCCGCGGCCACUGGCAUCGCCAAGAACGUGUGGGCCGUGCUGGAUCUCUACGGGCCGGUGCGGAGCGUGUCUGUGGUCAGCUCCACGAGGCUGGAGGAGCCGGAGGGCACCCAGCCGCCUUCUCCCAGCUCAGACACUGGGAGCGAGGGCGAGGAAGACGACGAGGGGGAGGAGCGUGGCCUGAGGAAUCAAGUGGCCAUUAUGCCCACGGCCCUCGAGUUCCUGGAGAACCACGGGAAGAACAUUCUCCUGUCCAACGGAAACCGUACGGCUACGCGGGUGGCCAGCUACAAUCAGGGCAUCGUCGUCAUCAACCAACCCCUGGUGCCCCAGCUGCUGGUCCAGUGGUCACCCUUCCCCCCAGGUGCGGAUCGAUUUCCUGAACCGACAGUGGACGUCUUCCCUGGUCCUGGGAGUCCUCACCUGCCCCCCCGAGAGGCUCAACUUCCCUGCUUCCGCCUGCGCCCUCAAGCGGGCGGCCUGGCUGCUACGGGGCCGAGGCAUCUUCCACAACGGCCUCAAGGUCUCUCCUCCCAGAUCUGUGAGAAGUUUGGGCCAAAUCUGGACACAUGUCCUGAAGGCACCAUCCUGGGCCUGCGGCUAGACAGCUCCGGCGGGCUGCAUCUGCACGUCAACGGGAUGGACCAGGGCGUGGCCGUGCCGGACGUCCCGCAGCCCUGCCACGCACUCGUGGACCUUUACGGGCAGUGUGAGCAGGUGACGAUCGUGAGUCCUGAACCAGGGGCUACCGGUGGGAAGAGUGCUGGAACCCAGGGGGACAUGGAGAAAGCGGACAUGGUGGAUGGCAUCAAGGAGAGCGUGUGCUGGGGCCCGCUGCCUGCCGCCAGCCCUCUCAAGAGCUGCGAGUACCACGCCCUCUGCUCCCGAUUCCAAGAACUGCUCUUGCUUCCCGAGGAUUAUUUCAUGCCCCCGCCCAAGCGGAGCAUGUGCUACUGUGAGUCUUGCCGGAAGCUUCGAGGGGACGAGGCCCACAGGCGCCGUGGGGAGCCCCCCCGGGAAUACGCUCUGCCCUUCGGCUGGUGCAGGUUCAACCUCAGGGUGAAUCCCCGCCUGGAAGCUGGGACGCUGACCAAGAAGUGGCACAUGGCGUAUCAUGGGAGCAACGUGGCGGCUGUCCGGAGGGUGCUGGACCGAGGGGAGCUGGGAGCAGGCACCGCCUCCAUCCUCAGCUGCCGGCCCUUGAAAGGCGAGCCCGGGGUGGGGUUUGAGGAGCCUGGCGAGAACUGCGCACCCCCGCGGGAGGGGCAGCCCCCUCCGGCGCUGCUUUCCCCCUCCCUCCUGUAUGCUGGGGCCGAGACCCUGGCAUCCAAAGUGCAAUUCCGGGACCCCAAGUCCCAGCGGACGCACCAGGCCCAGGUGGCGUUCCAGGUGUGCGUGCGCCCCGGCUCCUACACCCCCGGGCCCCCUUCGGCCGCCCUCCGAGAACCUCCCGACCCCCACUUCAGCCCCGCCGAACUCGAGUGGGUAACCAAGGAGAAGGGGGCCACGCUCCUCUAUGCCCUGCUGGUGCGGGUGGAGUGAGGGCCGG